AUGAAGAAGGUGAUCACUGAUCAGGGGCAAGGUGAUGAACCAACAAGUACUACUCCAUUGAAAAGCAAGGGGAAAGGGAGAGGAAAACGUAAAAACAAGAAACGGGCCAAGGAAAUAUUGCCGCUGUGGUUGGAACUGCCGGAAGAAAUAUGGCCCAACAUACUGCAAAGGCUGGAAAUAGUAGAGAUACUGCUGACUGCACAGAAGGUGUGCACUACCUGGAGGCGAGCAUGCAAGGACCCUUCCGUGUGGCGUGUCAUUAACAUGCCCAUAGGCAGUCAGUACUUCAACUUCGACAAGAGGCACACCUACGAAGAGAUGUGCCGCCACGCGGUUGAUCACAGCCAAGGUGAACUAGUCGACAUCAGUUUGGCGUUCUAUGCCACGAACAAGUUGCUUGCUUAUAUAACGGAGAGAUCAGGGAAACUUAAAAGACUUAGUAUUUCGUGGAACUACUCAAAACUAAGUUUGGUUCAAGUAGUUCAAAAGCUGUCAUUGUUGGCAGAGCUAAGUCUGACUGAAAUUGUCAUAACCAGAGAAGGCAUUGAAGCUCUUGGAAGCUAUUGCCCAUAA